CCGAUCCUUGUCACCAUGUCCAACCAGCCCAUCCAUGACCACCAUCAAGGGGCCUACAUGGCCCUGAUGAGAGGCCUGAGAGAGCUGGACCUCCCUGGUGGCUGUGUUCCCGGGGACCUGGUGCUUAUUGGAGACCAUGCCUUUCCUUUGGCAAUGAACAGCCAGGGCCAGGUCCUCAUGGCAGCCUCUCUGUACGGCGGUGGAAGGAUUGUGGUCCUGGGUCAUGAGGGCUACCUGACCACCUUUCCUGCUCUGGUGGAGAACGCUCUGACCUGGCUGAGAGGAGAUGGAUCUGAGAACUUGUCUGUUGGGGUUCAUAAUGGCGUCAAGGCGGUCGCUGAUAACCUCAGCAAGUCCAGUUUCGACGCCCGAGUUGUGGGGAAAUUCAGUGACAGUCCUGGGGUCGGGGUGUAUGUGACUAAUGCCUACAGCGUGGGUCCAGACGCGCAAGACCUGGUGGCGUUUAUGAAAGCUGGAGGGGGAGUGCUGAUAGCUGGGCAGGCGUGGAGCUGGGCUGCAAAGCACCCAAAGGAGAACACGCUGCUUCAGUUUGAGGGGAAUAAGGUGUCUGGUGUGUCAGGGAUCUACUUCUCUGAACAUCAGUGUAAGGUAGAGCGUCUGCCUGUCUACCCACAGAUCCCUACCUCGUGGAUGGCUGUAGUAAUCGGUAAGGAUUUUGAGGAUGACUUAGAGUUCUUAGUCAAGGGGGUGCCGGAGAUUGACCUGGCUGGAGCGAUAGUUUCUGAGGUUCUGGUCCAUGGCCCACUAGCCUUCCCCAUCGGUGCCACUGAGAGUGGACGGGCGUUCCUGGCAGGAGCCUACUAUGGGCAGGGACGAGUCAUUGUGAUCACACAUGAAGGACUAAUGGGACGAGAGUCACUGGCUCCCUUCUGGAAGAAUGCCCUUCUUUGGCUGGAUGAGGGCCGGCAAGGGGUCGUUGGUGUGUCCCAUAAACCUCAAACUGUCAAAGUCCUCAGCCAGUCGGGGUUACAGUGUGAACAGACAGUCUUCAGGAAAGACUUGAGUGUGUUUGCGUGCACAGCGUACAGCGAUGCCCAAGCAGAGGAAAUCCGAGACUUUGUGGCAGAGGGAGGAGGCCUGCUGAUUGGUGGACAUGCCUGGAACUGGGCACAGAAAAACAAGGGGAAAAAUGAGUUAACGGAUUUCCCAGGGAACAAGAUCCUGAACACAAUGGGCUUGAGUAUAUUGAGAGGAAUAAUCAGAGGAGGUGUACACAAGUCCCCUGUGCCCAGUCAGGCCAUAAAAGACACCUACCACUUCCGCCACCUUCUACACCGAUUCGCCGGUCAUGUAACCAACGGGGACAAGCUCAACAAGAACGAGGAGGAACACCUGACUAAACUGGGCCAGGACUGUGCCACCUACUUGCACAUGAGGGCCAAUGACUGCUCCUCCUACACACAGGUCGUAUCCACUCUCACUGACCUCGUGAUGAAGUCAGGCAUGCCUCAGGUGUGUGCCAGCUGCCCUGUGAAGAGUCCCAAAGACCACCUCCUCCUCAGUGUGGGGGCAGAGGUUUAUAAGGUCUGCCCAAAUCCUGAUGCCCUCCUGCCCUACCUCAUCAAGGAUAACCCCUUGAUGCCAGUUGUGUAUAACCACAGAAUCAAGAUUAAGGUUGACACAAAGGGAGGGGAGGAGUGGAUCAGUACAGGCCUCUACCUCUCUCCUGGAAUGAAGACCUACAUUUCUUUGCCGGCAGAGAUUGUCAACAAGGGAUGGCAGAUCCAGGUAGGCUGUCAAACAGACCGUCUGAAAUCUGCUGUGUUGAAGAGAGCGCCGUGCGUCCAUGUGCGAUUCCCAGUGACCUCAGAGAUGAUACAGGUGUCUAACCUGUGGGGGGGGCUCAUCUACCUGGUGGCCCCUCCCAAAACACAGCUGGAGCAGGGAGAGGUCACGGUGCAGAUGGCUGUACCUGCACCAUACUAUAAAUCUGGUGUGACAACGCCUGCUGAGUGGUCCUUGCUGCGUACAGCUCCCUCACCCUGGGCAGAGCUGGAGUUUGAAAACAUCAUCCUCACUGUACCGUCAGACGCUGUUCAUGAUCUGGAACGGCCUGACGAGUUGGCAGCACUUUGGGAUAAGAUGAUGAGGGCCAUCGCUGACCUGGCUGCCAUACCACACAAGUUCCCUCGCAAAGAGCGCUUUGUAGCAGAUGUGCAGAUUUCCCAUGGUUUCAUGCAUGCUGGUUAUCCUAUCAUGGCACACAAGGGCUCAGCAGCCGCGCUGGUCAGCACUGACCAUAUUACGAAGAAAGGCCUGUGGGGCCCUAUCCAUGAACUCGGACACAACCAACAGAGAGGCUGCUGGGAGAUCAAACCACACACCACAGAGGGCACAUGCAACCUGUGGUCAGUGUAUGUGCAUGAAGAGGUGCUGGGGAUCAACAGGGAAAAGGCUCAUCCAGCUAUGACUUCAGCAAAGCGAAAUGGUCGAGUAGAGCAGUAUGCCAAGGCAGGCAGGAACCUCAGCAGUUGGAGCAUGUGGUCGGCCCUGGAGACUUACAUUCAGCUCCAGGAGAAGUUCGGCUGGGAUGCCUUUAAGAAGGUGUUUGGUGCCUACCACACGAUAAACAUCCAUCCAAAAGACAACAAAGGAAAGAUGAACCUGUAUGCUGAGACCUUCUCCACGACUGUGGGGAUGAACCUGUCUGGCUUCUUUAAAGGCUGGGGCUGGCCCAUAGAAACAGACACUGAGAAGAAACUCUCCAGCCUGCCUCUCUGGAGUGACCACCCCAUGGCCCAGUACAACUGAACUUCAGACUGCUGCUGAUUAAAAGUGAAGAUGGGUUUAAUGACUACUUGACAAUGACGGGUGAAUUCAUGGGAGGAUUGUGCAGCUUUUCAGGCCACAAAACAGACAGAAAUAAGACAAAAAGAAAUCUGAAAAUUCGCAAAAUUGGCUCCCUUCUAUAGAAAUGAGCUUCAUUGAACAUUGGUCCAAUUCAUAAAAAACAGCACUAAUUACUGCACAAAGUUGGUGGUAAUUGAGCAUAUUUAAAAGAGAUAUCUGCUUCUUCUUCAUUCAGGAUGUAGAGACGCAGUAGGCAAUCACAGCUAAAAUGAAUAAGGUUUCCCUCCAUGUCAUUUUUGAAAAUAUAUGAGAAAAAAAUUAAUGAAAAAGAAGGCUUUAUAAAGAAAAUAAUUUAUGCCCUCUCCUUCCUUUCCCAAAUCCUGCUUACAUUUACAAUCCUAUUUUUAUUUCCUCUCUCUUAACUGCCUUUGGGAGGUUUGGAUGGAAGUGUCACUCUGGCUUCACCCCUCAAGUGCAUUUAUAUUCUUUUACAUGGAUAACUGCAAUCAGACACACACGAAAAUACUGAAAAUUGCACUUAAUGGUAAAACUUAAAGGUUGUUUUUUUUAUUCUUAUAUCAUUAUUGUUAUUUCUGUUGUGAGACUGGGCAGAGUGAUGCACAAUUUGGGCAUUUUAGUUAACUGACUUUGUUUUUUUUGUUGUUGUAUUUUUAUCAUAUUUAUAUUAAUAUUUAAAAAACAAACAAGAUUUACAUAGUAACAUACAGAUAAAACAAAUAAAUUCAGUCGCACCAUUUGAAAAAAACAACAACAAGAAAAAGUAAAUGCUUUAAAACAAAAAAAUACCAAAAACCAAGAGGUCAUCAGACGGCUGUACUUCAUUCCACCUGUCUCAGUAGUACGUAGCACUAGCACUGUAACCUGUGCUGUACACAUAAUGGAGUUAUUUCAAUUCACAGUACUACACCCAGAAAAGUUUUUCUUGUUUUUUUUUCUACACUGAGUGCAAAUGCCAUUAAAAGUAAAUUACUUUCAUUACAAAUAUAAAAUGUAAGUUGAAAUCUGGCAAUUUAUAUAAUUAUUAUGUAUUUUAAGAAAAAUAGACUUUCUCCUGCUUUUUAAGGACUUGUAGUUAAUGUCGCUUAUAGAAAACAGGUUCUGUUUGAGGGUUAUAAUAACACUAAUUCUAUACUUAUUCUGUUA